AAACAGAAACAGAACCACCACGCGAGAGAGUCCGCGGUUCUGAUCCGUUUGAGUGAAUGUGAUGUGCUCGUGUCGUCGUGCUGAAUAUGUGACGUCACGAAUCGUCAUCAGUCAUAAAUCCUGUUGUUUACGCUGCUUUGUUUUUGAUACUCAUGACUUCCGAUGACGUCAGACGCGCCGCUGCCGUCCUGUCUCUGAUCACAGCUGUGUUGAUGACGUGGAACGUUAUCGAUCAUCUGAUUGUGCGUUGAUUUUUAUUUUUACUUUAUUAGUUUGAGUCGGCGGAAGGAUCCGCGGCCGCAGCGCGCCGCCGCCGCAGCAGCAGCGGCCGCAGCGCCGGUCCGACGGUGCGUAAAAAGCCUUCCGCCGCGCUGGUUAGACCCUCCGCUCCGGACCUCGGUACCGCCCUCACAGGAUCCACUUGAGGUAUCAAACACCGUGCAAAGCCGUGAGCAGAUCCCGCAGGAGAAGUCCGCCGUGUGUUCCGGCCCGCCGUGAGUGUUUACACAGACCGCAGACCGACAGCGCCGCUGCCUGAGCGGCGGCCGCGGACCGAACUGCAGCUCAGAACCUCCAGCGCCUGCUGACAUUUUCUGCCCCGACACAAGCAGCUGACAGACGGCCAGGUGAGCGCGGAGAUGCCGGGGAUGAUGGACAAAGGUUCGGAGUAUUUAGGGAAAGGUCGGUCCAACGGAACCAAGAGUCCGUCCAACGCGUCUAACGGACAUUUCUCUGACGAGAGCGGCAGCGACGACGAGCACGAUGUGGGGAUGCGGGUCGGAGCCGAUUACCAGGCCAACAUCCCGGAGUUCGAGCCCGGCUCCACGAAGUACUCGGACAAAGACAGCGGAGGGAUGCUGGUCUGGUCUCCGUAUCACGCCAUCGUCGACUCCAAACUGGACGAAUACAUCGCUAUAGCCAAAGAGAAACAUGGAUACAACGUGGAGCAGGCACUCGGCAUGCUCUUCUGGCACAAACACAACAUCGAGAAGUCUCUGGCUGACCUGCCGAACUUCACCCCGUUCCCAGACGAGUGGACGGUGGAGGACAAGGUUCUGUUCGAACAGGCGUUCAGCUUCCACGGCAAGAGCUUCCACCGCAUCCAGCAGAUGUUACCGGACAAAUCGAUCUCCAGUCUGGUGAAGUACUACUACUCGUGGAAGAAGACUCGCUCCAGAACCAGUCUGAUGGACCGACAGGCUCGUAAACUGGCCAACCGGAGCAACCAGGAUGACAGUGAUGAGGAGAUGGAGGAGGCCAACCCCAUCGAGGCCAACGACAGUGACUAUGACCCCAACAAGGAAGCCAAGAAAGAGAACCAGGUGGAGCCAGUGGUGCCGGGCUCAAAGGUGGCAUUGGGUCGGCGCGAGCACCAGACCCUGCAGCAUCGACACCACCAGCGCUCUCGCUGCCGACCCCCCAAAGGCAUGUACCUGACACAGGAGGACGUGGUGGCCGUGUCCUGCAGCGCCUCCGCCGCCAACACCCUCCUCCGUCAGCUGGACAUGGAGCUGGUGUCCCUCAAGAGACAGGUCCAGAACGCCAAACAGAUGAACAGUGGACUGAAACACAUGUUGGAGACCGGGAUUGAGGAGUUCAGGCUGCCCGAGUGUAACCAGAAGGUGAAUGCCCGCUGGACCACAGACGAGCAGCUGCUGGCGGUUCAAGGUGUCAGGAAAUACGGGAAAGACUUCCAGGCUAUUGCUGACGUCAUCGGCAACAAGACGGUGGGCCAGGUAAAGAACUUCUUUGUGAACUACCGGCGGCGGUUCAACCUGGACGAGGUGCUGCAGGAGUGGGAGGCCGAACAGGGAACGCGAGCUCCCAACGGAGACAGCUCCACUUCUGGAGAGGAGGGGAAGAACAGUUCCACCACUCCAUCAGGGAAGAGCACCGACGAAGAGGACGAAGAGGGUCAGGUGACCUCCUCAGGUGCAUCUCCUGCCACCUCCUGUUCUUCUUCAGCACAGAUCCCGGUGACGUCCAGCACCUCCUCCUCUUCCUCCUCCCUCCACCAGCCCCCUCCCCUCCUGCGGCCCUCCCUCCCGGCCACGCCCUCUCUGCACCGUCAGCCGCCGCCCCUCCAACAACAGGCUCGCUUCCUGCAGCCCCGCCCCACCCUGCAGCAGCCUCCGCCUCUCAUUCGCCCCUCCAACCCGCUACCCCCCCGCCUCAACCCCCGCCCUCCAGCUCCCAUGACCCUUUGCGGCAACCCCGGAGGCUCAGGUCCAAGCUCCGCCCAGCAGCCCCCUGGCCUGGCUGCCCACCAAUCAGAGACAGCCUCGUCGUCCUCCCUUCACUAACAGACGGCGACUUCCUGUUGAAGAGACAGCAGAGAUGUUUAGUGCAAGGCUGUAUUCAGGUCCUGUGGGAAAUCUGAGUGUUUUCUUUCUUCAAACCAACCAUCGUGAUUUUCACUCGCCAGCUUCUUCUUCUCUCAUUUCACCAGAACAUUACGGUGACACAUCGACACGAGACAAGUCGGAGUUUUUAUCAUUUGAUGAACAGUGUUUUAGUUUCAGCAUUUGUUUUUGUGGUCACCAGGUUUUAAAGACCUUUGUUUCCUCUUUUCGGUCAUUAUCUAAUCCUCACCGGACACAUGGCGUCCCACAGGGCUCCGCCCCCGGCUCCGUGUUCUUAUCAGCAGUUUGCCUCCACACGGACAGAAAAAGAUACUAAAGCUGCAUGUUUUUAUUUUUGAUCUUCAGCUAAGUGAAACUAAAUGACUCAAAUCAGUGAGACUAAACAUUUUGUUUGUUGUCAUUGUCUGCUGAGUUGUGUGUUCGUCAGCCCUCUCGUGUGACGGGUCGGUCCAACAGAACAUCUCUAUCAUGACGUGCUGAUGUAAAGAUUAAUCAUCAGAGCCGAAAAUCCUUUAAAAUCUUUCCUACAGUCAACAUUUAGAUCAGGACGGACUGAUAAUCGCCGUUUAAAGGACAAGUCUGGUUUUACUUCCAGCAUGUCGGUCCGUGUCAGUACUGUCUGACCCAUCUGUGGCGCUCGGCUCCUGUUCUGACUCGGUGGCUGUAGACAGUUGGUAUAAAAUCUGUCAUUGGGCACCUCUUUCUUCAGCCAUCUGUUUGUUGUUGUCAGAAUCCCUGUCGCUGUUAAACAACAACAACAACCUCCAAUCUAACAGGCUACAUGCUACCAAGGGCCAGUCAAACUGAUGCUAACCUCGCUGCUAACGGUGUGAAGUUCAACAAGCUAGCAGCUGUUAGCUUUUCUAGAAGCUAGAAGCUGCAUCCGGCAUUUAGCACCGCCCACAGUGAUUGUGAUUGGCUGAAAGAAGUUCAAACAACCAAGUUUUUUUUUACCCUGCGGCAAUACGAGAACGGGAGCGGCCUGAAGUUUUCCUCUGUGUUGAUGAAAGACGUCCCAUUAAAAUCCAGAGCAAACCUCCCAAAGAGUUGAGAUUCUUGUAGCGUUGACUCCAGAUCUCUAGACCCAGAUGUAACUGCUCAGUCUGGUCACUGUGGUCCUGGUGCUGACCGGGUCCGUGUAGAGACGUGAAGGUCUGGAUGUGAAAGAUUACUCAGCUGAAACCUUGUCGGUUCCUGCUGAAGACGCAAAUCUUCAAAAACAGCUGCUCACUGUCGAGUUUAUCAAACAGACACGAGGAACAAGGAACAAUUGGUGCUGUAGUGUGUGUGUGUGUGUGUGUGUGUGUGUGUGUGUGUGUGUGUGUGUGUGUGUGAGUGUGUGUGUGUGAGCUGGAGGUUUGAUGACAUCACCAGACUUCUCCUUUAACGCCGCUGUCCUGAGAUAUAAACGCGGUCGAUCCCCAGCUGAUGUGAUGUCACACCCAACAUGGCGGCGUGUACGCAGCACGUCACCUGCCGUCCGUCCAAUCAGCCGUCAACAACUCCACUUAACCAACCAGCUGCUGCACGUCUGUUUCCACGACUGAUUGACAACACUAAUGUUUCAGACGCUGCGUCAGAGCCGAAGACAGAUUUUUAAUUAACUUGUUUUUGUUUUGUUUUUUAUCAGAACUCAGUUAAAAAAAUACUUUUACUCAAAUAUUACUUGAACACAAUAUCUUUUAACUUUUACUCAGUGGUGUAAAAAGUACCCAACAGUCAGACUUGUUGUUAAAAUAUUACUAUAUUACUAAGUGAAAGUCCCGUUUAUGAACAGUACUUGAGUAAAAAGCCUUAAAGUGUCUGAUAUUAAAUGUAAAAAGUAUUAAAAAGUACUAGGAAAAAUAUAUUACAUCUAUAUUUACAUGUAUAAAUACUGUAAACUAGAUUAUCAGAAUCAGAUUAUUGGUAAAAAUGAAUUAAUUAGAAAAUGUUGUACUUUGGCUCUGAUGCAGGAUGUAAUCUGUAGAAUAACUAGUAACUAAAGUUAUCAAAUACAAAUGUAGUUGAGUAAAAAAGCACAUUAUUUGUCUCUGAGAUGUGUCGGAGUUGAAGUAUAACGUUCAGAUUAUGAACAAGUAACCUCAGAACAGAGUAAAAUGAAGAGGGAGUACUCGAGUACAUGUACUCAGUUAUUAUUCCUUCAGUGGGAAGAUGAAACUCAACACACAGGUUCUCUGUGUAACUGAUUACAAACACUUCACCUGGAUUUGAGUUAUUUUCCUGGAGUGCAUCAUCAUUUAACAGCAGAGAGUAACUACUACAGUACUACUAGUACUAGUACUACUACUAAAGUACUAAUACAUGUUCAGUCUGAGCUGCUUUUACUUGAGUGUUUCCACUUCAUGCAGCUGCACCUUCACCUCCACAGCUGCUCAGAGACGAUGCUGAACGUGUUGCUCCUCUUCAUUACUCUGAUGGCUUCAGGUGCUUUUGCUCUACAGUUUAAUGCUUCUCUGUUAACGAGUCCUGUUGAAUCUCUCUCUCCUGGUUAUUUAUUCCUCUUCCUGGUGCUGCGAUGUGAAAGUGCUCUUAAGGCUUUUUGUACAAACGUGUGUGGCACCAUUAAAUGUAACUGGAAUCCUGGAGUUACUCUGUGAUUUUGAGUACAAGUUGUAACAUGAAGCUGCUGAUGGUUCUCAUUAAACAUCUUCUCCAUCCGA